AUGAAGGAUUCAUCAGAAAAGGAGAAGGCCCUACCACACUCAAUUCACGCCCUGUUGCAACCAAAAGGCAUGGAGGAGCCGGCCCUCUCCACUUUUUAUCUCUUUGGCGAGCCGUUAGUGUGCCUCUUGCUAAACGGAGAAGAGCGCCUCUGUCUGGCGCAGAUCUCCUCACGCCUGCUCCGCGGCUAUUCCUACAACGAGAUUCACAAUCGGCGCGUGGCGCUUGGCAUCACCUGUGUGCAAUGCAGCCCGCGCCAACUGGAGCUGCUGCGCCGUGUGGGCGCGAUGCCUCUGAGCUCUCGGCGCUGCGGCACCAUUACGAAGCGCGAGGCACAACGUCUCGUGGAGUCCUUCCUUCAGCACCUGCCCGCACCACCCCGCCUGCCGGAGAACUUCGCCUUUGAGGUGGUACACCACUGUGGCUGGGGUUGCUCUGGCCUCUUUGUACCCACACGCUACAACAGCUCGCGCGCCAAGUGUGUCCAGUGCGCCCUCUGCCAUGUAUUCUUUUCACCCAAUAAAUUCAUCUUCCACUGUCACAAUGCGGCUGAAACUGGUGUACAGCAGCAAGUCGUCAAUUACCGCCACCCAGACGCGGCAAACUUUAACGCCUGGAGACGUCACCUUCUUCUGGCUGAUCCCAAUCCUCCAGAUAGUCUGCUCUUUGCGUGGGAGGACAUCAAGGCCAUGUUCAACGGUGGCAACCGUUCAAAGAAAGCCUCCCUCCCCUCACUUCCCUCUGCCACCUGCACUACCAACUCUACCAUCACCACCACCGUUGAGGCUGUGGAGGAGGACCCUAAUGAGGCCAAGACAUCCACGGCAGCCUAUGCGCCUCCGAAGCGCCCCACGCUGCUCGGUGCUACUCCAUUGCUCCCCACUGACGUCCUCAUGAUGAAGCCACAAGCUGUCCUCUCUUCUCUGGUGAGCCAGCACACCUUGCAGAUACCGAACUAUUUGUGGCUGGGCGGUGUGACCUCAGAAGGUAAUGAUAGUGGAGUUCAGUAUGAGGAACAUUCGGCAAAGAGACCUCGAACUUCUGCAAUCCCAGAAAUAUCUGUGCAUCCAAGCUCAUCUCGCUUGCCAAGUCAGCUCUCCAUCAGUCGUUUAGAGGGUGUACAGAUUCCGACAGCACCCUCAUCGAUGCCUAUAGACGUGGACGUUGAUCUAGAUGCGGCUGACGAUAGGUCGGAAUACAGUACUGGAAGCAGAGCCUCGGUAUCUACCAGCGGUGUGUCGUCGCUUCUCCCUCGAAGUUAUCGGGACGAUCGGGCUGUAGUAAAACCGUCACAUAGGGAUUACAAAUCUGAGUAUAGUGGGCAAGGAAACAGCUCAAACAGAAAUAAGGGCAUUAUUGGACUAUGGACUGAUCUCGAGGGGUCCGACCAAUCGCCCCUAAGCAUGACACACUCAGCCCCUAAAAGAAUGCGUACGGAAACUACUCGCAGCUCAGUAUCUGACGCUUUCUCGUCGCCGUUUUACCGCGGUAAAGUCUCGUAUGGAGGGGCCUCAAGUUUGCGCUGUACACCCCAGUCGCGUGAUGUGUUUGAGCCAUUGAAGAAAAGUACUACUCGUUACCCUUCUUAUAUGGCCACCUACAAUCGUUAUAAGGAACUUAAACGACAGUUUGCAGCUCAAUCAUCAAUCCCAUCGGCUCCGCCACAGUUUUCCAUCAUUCCUGACCGCAUCGGAGAGCAUGACAAUGAAGACGUUGCUCAUCGCAAAAGCGAUACUACUGCCAUGGCAAAAUCACCAAUAUUCGAAGUUUCUUCUGGAUCAUCACAGGCUUUAAAAUCUACCUCUUUUAAGUCACAUGAUGUCGUAGUUGUAUCCGAGAAGUCACAGCAAACAGUAAUCAGUCCUUUCAGUGGCAGUCUUGCGAGCUCUAACACGGUGCAUGAAGGUGCCGACAAAGUUGUUUCGCAGAUACCUAGCACUGUUCUUGAUGUCUGCACUCCGGUAAAAGUGUCAACAGAAACAGAGUUCUCAUCCCCUAAUCGAACAAGAUUUAUUUUUUCGAAUCCAAUUGCUCUGAAACCCCCCACGCGACCUCCUGCCACCCUUUCAGAUGCAUCUGAAUUUGCUUUUAGCUACCCUAAAUCUCAAUUUAAAAGGCCGGCUCCGGUAGAAAAUUCGUCUUUUCUCCCAACUCUAAUGUCAUGUCGGCAGCCAGCGAUGUCUGGUCACCCAUGUCCAUCAAAGAAAGCCUCAAUAUCAUCUGGUCUGGAUUUAUGGCGUUGUGAAAGUUGUCUGAUGGAGAAUUCAGGCAGUGAUGGCGUAUGCAAGUCUUGCCGUCUACCGACGUCUGUUCCGAGUUUCUCGAAAUCUAAUUCUCUGACCAAGACCUCAGAUAAACCUGCUUUUUUGGGUAAUCUUCCAUCUAACGGUUGGGAGUGCCCUACGUGUAUGGUCAAGAACAAAGUGGGAGUAUCCGAGUGUGUUUUCUGUCGCACACCGAACUCUUCGGGCAUGGCAACUACCGAUGCCUCGAAGGAUAAGGGCGCUAGUGUGCCAGUGUUUAACUUCGGUCCUCCCAAAUCAGUCUCGUCUACUGAAUCUGUUUCAGUUGUAUCAGCGAGAGACCAAGAACCAAUUCCCGGUUUUGGGUUAAAAUUCGGCACUUCCGUCACAUCAAGUUCCAAUCCACCCAAAGCUGCCAAGCCUACGAUUCAGUCUUCCUUGAUUUCCAGCGAAGGAUGGAAUUGCCCUACUUGCCUCGUUAAAAACGAUAAUAGUCUUGAAGAAUGUCCCUGCUGCAAAACUACAAAACCUAAGUCAAGCGAUUCCUCUGCCUCGAGAGCAGUCGAUUGUGCUCCCAUUCCUGGCUUUAACUUUAGCAAUCCUGUCGGUAAUAACGUGGCACCUACCACAGUUAGUUUUCGUUUUGGAAAUGAUUCUGACAAAACGGCUACUACUAAUUUCAAAUUUGGUGACUUCGCAGUUCGAAAAAGCGAAAUCGGGAUUAAGUUUGACAAAACAGAGAAGAAUAAGUGGGAAUGUCCGACUUGCAUGGUCAAGAACAGUGACGACAUUGCUUCUUGUCCUUGUUGCCAAACGAAGAGGCCUACAUUCUUGCCGAAACCCGCAUCUAGCAUUCCAAAUGAAAGUGGUGACAAAUGGGUUUGUCCUACUUGUUUGGUAAAGAAUGAUGCUUUCGUUGAUCUCUGUCCGUGCUGUCAGACUAAAAAGCCUUUGAAAUCCAGCUCUGCCUCUGGGGACGGUAGUAUUUUUGGUUCUCCUGCUCAGUAUGCUGGCUCCCCCCCAGUGGUUAUGUCGACACUGAGGCAGUCUUCAAAUUUGGACUCUCGAAAUUCGAAUACAAGUUCCGGUCCCAGCUUUCCUACAGUCACCGUGGGCGUCUCAUCCUUCUCUUUUUCAAAACCUGCUGACACCUCUAACACUUCAGCUAAGGGUUUUGAACUACCUGCCACGCCCUCAAUACCUUCGAAAUUGCGGAACGGCGGCUUCAACUUUUGUUCCCCGGCUACAGCGUCCGGAUUUGAUUUCAGCGCCAAAAAAGAAAACUUGACUCCCAUGGUGAGUGCGACUCCGGGUAAUUUCUCGUCGGUUUCGUUCAAUUUUGGAGCAUCAACUGUUGCCGCACCUGGAUUCAAGUUUGGCGAACCGAAACUGUCAUCAGGUGGUAGCUCUGGUGACGCUGUACAUACAAGCGUGUCAACGCCUGCUAUGACAAGGAUCUCCUGUGGUGUUGCGAAGGACCUGUGGGAUAUUCUGACCUUGGUUCCACUCCCACACUUCGGGCGAGGCACACUGUUCGAGUGGACGGCAGUGGGUGGUUCUCGUCCUCCGGCUCCACCGCGUGUAACUGCCCACUCAGCUGGAGCCUUGUUCUCAACCCAGUUUGCAUGGAUUCUGCUGUAUCUGAGGCGCGUCAUGACUCUGUAUGAUAUUUUACUGCCUGGGCUAUCUGAGGGCUGA